CAAUGCCGUAAACUUGACUUUCGUUUUCAACGAAGAAUUUGGCGGCAUUCUGCUUCUUUUUUACACUUAACCUUGUGUAGUUUCAACAAAAUCGAAAAACCUUGCGUGAAAAAUGUUUUCAUACUAAGUAAUAUUUUUCUUUGCGAAUAGUUCACCUUCUCUUAUAAAAUGCCACUAGUGAGUCAAAGGACGUCUUCGUCGGGCCAUAAUGGUUUCACCAAAGGGGCCAUCGUGAGAAUUCACUUGAAAGAUUUCAUGACAUAUAAUGAAGUGGAAUUCAUCCCUGGCCCAAAUUUGAAUUUAAUUCUUGGUCCAAAUGGAACUGGGAAAUCAACGAUUGUCUCAGCUAUUUGCCUUGGCAUGUCUGGGAAACCAAGUACCAUAGCUAGAGCUAGUAAUCUUGCAGGCUAUGUGCGUCAUGGAGCCAAUAAAGCCACAAUUAGCAUAGAACUUAACAACCCUGAAGGCCCAAACUUUUGUGUUGCGAGAGAAAUAACAUCAGAAAACAAAUCCUCGUGGAAAUUCCAAAAUAAGGCUGUCACUAGUGCCCAAAUUGAACAAAUUAUUCACAAACUUCAUAUUCAAGUUGAUAACCUUUGUCAGUUUUUACCCCAAGAGCAAGUUCAGAACUUUUCACGUAUGAAGGACAAGCAACUUUUGAUUGGCACGAUGAAAGCAGUUGGAAAACCUGAACUGGAAGAACAAUUUGAAGAGGUUAAUAAGAUGCAGUCUGCUCUUGGAAGUGAAUCAUUAAAUCAGGAAAAAGAUGAAGUGGAGUUGAAAAAGCUCCAGGAAGAGAAUAAAAGAUGGGAAAGUGAUGUUAAUAGUUUCAAAGAAAGAGAAACACUAAAAUCACAUGUUAAGAUCUUGGAGAAGAAAAAAGUCUGGCUAACGUUUAAAGACGAAGCGCGACAUUUUAUAGAACUGCAAGAACAGGCAAAGGAAGUAGGUGCAAGGUAUGAUAGAGCUGCUGCCCAUUUCCAGCCUUUAGAAAAACAAAUAGCGGAGAAAGAAAGGACAUUGCAAAACACAGAACAUGCUCUGAAACUACAGCGGGAAAAAUUCAACCAAAAAAUGGGAACAUUGAAUCAAGAAUUUUUCCGUGUCGAUGCGCACAAGCAAAAGAUGGAAACUUAUGCCUCCGAACUGCAAACACAAAAACGUGCUGAAAGAAAUCGUAUAGAAAACGAAAAUAAUUUCCGUCAGCAAAUUUCCAACUUAGAAAAUGAAAUGGAAGCGUUAAACGAACAAGAACACUCUGCCGGUGAUCGUCUAAGAGAAGUGGAAUGUAAAUUGAAAGAAAUCAGCCCUCAAGAAACAGCUAUUUCGCAUAGAAAGCAUCAAGUGGUAGAAGAAAUGCGCCGGAUAAGAAACGAAAUAGCUGAGUAUCAAUCCAAAAUAAGAAACAUCGAAGAUGUAGACAGAAAUCGUCUAAAUAUGCUCCGAGGAGAAGGGCUCACGCCGAUUUAUCAUGCAGUCGUUUGGCUGCGUGAAAAUAAAGGCAGAUUUCGAGCUCCAAUCUACGAACCACCUUUAAUAUCGUUGAGCGUGAAAAACAGCGCGAUGGCCAUGUAUGUGGAAAACAGUAUUGGCUUUAAUGAUUUGAAGGCGUUCUUCUGUGAAAACAAAGAUGACAUGAAUGACUUGAUGAAGAUCCUUCGAGAAGAAAAGAAUCUGGCAAUCAAUGUGGUUCACUCACCAAGAAAUGACAAUGAACCGUCAACGUCUGAAUUUCAACCGAGAAUGGCCAUAUCUGAUUUAAAGAAUCUAGGGUUUUAUUCGUUUCUUCGUGAAUUAUUCGUUGGACCCGAGCCUGUCGUUCGUUACCUUUGCAAAAUGUACAAAGUUCAUAACAUUCCAGUUGGUGAUCACAGAACAUACGAAAAUUUUGGGAUCAUUCGAGACCAAUAUGGUUCGCUGUUUUCCACUUUCUUUGGAGAUAACAAAUUGAUUUCAAUCAGAACGUCAAAGUAUCGAAGAGAUGCUAUAACCCAAGUGUCAGAAGCUCGUCCAUCAAAAUUUCUUGGCCAAUCCGUAGAUGUGCAUGCAUUGCAGCAACUCCGUGCAACAAUUGCAGAAUUGGAGCAACGAAUGGCAGAAGCAAAAUCGGCUCAUGAUGGUAUUUGCGAAGAAGAGACUGUAAUCAACAGAACUCGCGAAAACUUACUACAACAAAAAAGAAGUUGUCAAACGAUUACGGCGAAUCGGCGUGUUGUAGCAUCCAGACUUGAACGAUUACGGAACCAAUUGAGAAUUUCUCAGAAGGAUGCAAUCGACCUUGAUGCUGAAGAACGAAAUGUUAAGAAAAAGUGCGGGGUAAGAACAUCUGUUUCGUUUUCCGAAAUCUGCCUAUCUUUCAUUGCCGUUUCUUUGAUAAAUUUAUAGGUAUCUGUUCGUACCUUCUCUGAAAAAAUGAAAGACUUAUCUGCCAUCGUAGAACAGCUCCUAGUCUUGGACAGAGACAGGGAAGCCCUUCACAUAUUCAUUGAUGUCCUUCGCCUAGAAAUUCGCAUUUGGCAAACCCAAUUAGCACAAAAAAAGGAGCAGAUUAAAGUGUUAAAGGAUGAGAAAGACGCAGCUGAUCAUUUGGCGCUAGAGACAAAAGUUAGAGCAAAACAAGCCCAAGAAGACUGUUUCCGAGAUCUAAGAAUCAGACGUGGAGAAGAAUUGCCGCAUGAGUUGCGUGAAAAGUUUGACACACUCCCUGCUACCAUACUCGAACUCGAUGAUGCAAUCGGUAGUGCAAAUGCAAGAAUUCAGUUAAUGGGAAGAGCAGAUGAACAGAUCGUACGUGAUUACGAACAAAGAGAAAUCCUUAUCGAACGGCUAACCCAAAAAAUUUAUAACCUGAACAACCGAGCUUCAACGAUGAAAGAAAAAAUGGACAAGUUGAAAGGAGAAUUCCUUCCCCCUUUGCUAGAAUUGGUGUCUCGCAUCAAUAAUAGUUUUGGGCGAUACUAUGCCAGUAUGAAAUGUGCAGGAGAGGUGUGUUUGUAUACCGGUGAAGGAAAUGACGGGGAUGAUUUCAAGAACUAUGGCAUCAAGAUUAGAGUAAAAUAUCGUAGUUCCGAGCCAUUGCUUGAUCUUUCAGCCAAUCACCAUUCUGGUGGAGAAAGAGCAGUUGCCACUGCCCUUUAUAUGUUAGCUAUGCAAGAGUUAACUCAAGUGCCGUUCCGUUGUGUUGACGAAAUUAAUCAGGGUAUGGAUCCAAUCAAUGAACGGCGUGUUUUCGAUUUGCUUGUCGAAACGGCGUGUAGGGAAACAAGCGCUCAAUAUUUCCUCCUUACCCCAAAAUUACUUCCCGGUCUAGAUUACAGCCCAAACAUGAAAAUUCAUUUUGUGCAAAAUGGUGACUGCAGUGUCCUGUGCUUCAAUGUACAUAAAGAGUUACCUUGCGAAAAACCUGAAGUUGCCCCUCCACCUGAAAAUCUCCCUGUUGAAAAUCUGCCUUUGACUUACAGAUUUCCAACCGCUGACACAGUGCCAGUUGAAAAGCUACAAGAAUUGGCCCACAGUGAUGAGGUGAAAGAGUGCCUGUCUAAUCCCCAUGUAAGAAAUAUUCUGAAAUCUUUGGUGCAGAGCCAAACACCAGAAACAUCUAUCACAAAUGCAAUGAAGGAGCCAAUAUUCCUUGAACUGGCUCUUGCUUGCUUAAAAGUUUGUGAGCCAGAAACAUUUCAGCACGAAUUAGAUGCGGAUUUGGAUUGACGCCGAGUAUAUACGAAGGGAAUGUUGUUCAGACAGUUGAGUUCUACCGGCUAUCCAGUUGGACCGCGAGUGCCGAUGGGAGCAGCAGCGUUGCCGUCCGACGCUGUGUGGCUUGACACCGCGACGUCCUUCAACAACAAACAAUAACAAUCACCCACAUUGGGGCGUUGAACUAUUUUACUGCUGGAAAUAUUCGUCUCUAUUGUAUUUCUCUCUCUGUGAAUGUGUAUACUUCAAGUGCUUCGAAUUCUUGGUCUGUCUAAAACACGAGCUUUUGAAACUUCCUCAGCCGUGGAAGUUCGUUGCCUAAUUUCAAUGCAUCCGUCCCGGAAGUGUUGUCGCCGGAUGGCGAAAUUUCAAAAGUGAUUGUUUUUCCAGAAAAA